AUGUAUUCUGUUUGGCGACAGUAUCAAUAUGUCUAUAGAAAUACACAUUGCUUGAAGUAUUAUUCAACGUCACCUCCACAAAAACCAAAUUUUGUCAUGCAACUGAUCUAUAAUAUAAGGGAUGAGAUUUCUAAAAGCAAAGAGAUGAAAAAAAAUUUGGAACAAUUUCGUGCUGAAAAAAAGAAAUUGGAAGAAUCGGAUAACUUAAUUAAAGCUAGACAGAAAUUAAACACAAUAGAAUCAGAAACAUUUAAAGUGACUCAACAAGCCAAAAAUGUUGUUAAUGUUGUUAUGACUUCAGUUAAGAAAAAAGUAAACCAAGCUAGUGAAUCUGAUUUGGCUAAAAAAGCAGGACUAUUAAGCGGAAGUAUAAGCAAAACAGUACUGGAAAGUGGCACUAAAAUUGGCCAGUCUGGUCCAGUCAAGACUUUUUCGAGUACCGCUGAAGCUAUUUCAGCACAAAUAGAAAGUGAUACAACUUCAUUAAAUUCACAUGUUUAUAAAGCACCAACAACUUUGAGAAAACGGUCAGACUUGAGACACCAAGGAGCAGUUGUUCCUAAUGAAACAGAAACUGGUAUUACUGUUCAUAAAGAUUCAAUGAUAUAUGAAAGUUGGAAAAAAUUCAAAUCUGAAAAUGCAUUUAUGCAAAAAUUAUCAGACCUCAAAGAACGCUAUGAUGAUAGUGAUCAUAUUUUAGCACGAGCUACACGUUCAGUAACUGACACUUUGUCAUCGGUAUUUCAUAAUGCUGAAAUGUCAGAUGUAGUAACAGAAUUGUGUCGUGUUGAACCUGAUUUCAGUUUAGUAAACUUUAUUCGUCAGUGUGAAACUGAUAUCAUACCAAAUGUGCUAGAAGCUAUAGCACGGGAAGAUCUUAUUAUUUUGAAAGACUGGUGUUUUGAAGCUCCUUAUAGAGUACUAUCACAUCCUGUUACCGAGCAUCGACAAAAAGGUCAUCAAACAUACUGUAAAGUACUAGAUGUACAUAAUGUCGAUGUUGUUACUGGAAAAUUAAUGGAACACGGUCCUGUAUUAAUAAUAUCAUUUAGUGCCCAACAAAUCAUGUAUAUUAAAGAUGUGAAUGGGUUAAUCAUUGAAGGAGAUCCUCAUACUGUUAUCAGAGUGAUGUAUACUUGGGCAAUGUGCAGAGAUGUGAAUGAAGUAAAUCCAAGAGCUGCUUGGAAAUUAUUAGACAUAGCAGCAAAUUCCAGUGCACAGUUGUUGUAA